AAGAAGAAGAAACUGGAGAAAGGGGCACUCGUGGACUGUGUGGAGAUGAUUGGAGACUCGGUGGACGAGCUGAGCCGUACGCUCGGCGUUUUGAAGCAUCUCCGCGUCUCAGGCGGUUCGGCUAAGGAGUUCCGGUGGCAGAUGAGCAAUGCACAGACGUGGGCUAGCGCUGCGCUUACAGAUGACGACACGUGUCUUGAUGGGUUUCAAGGUAUCGACGGUGAAAUCAAAACGGAGGUGAAGCAGUGGAUGACCAAGGUGGCGAGGGUUACGAGCAACGCGCUUUACAUGAUCAACCAGCUAGAUGAGACACGUGGCAAACCCCAU